UAAUAUAUUUAAUAAAAAAAAGGAAAAUCUUAAAUUAUUUUGUCAACAAAGAGUAAAUUCAAUAUCUUUUGAGCCAUUGCUUUAUAAAAAUGGUGAAUAAAGUAUUUGAUGAAACACUCAGAGAAAUGAAACUAAUAAGCUCUGAUGAUGAAGGAUCUAUUCCCUCGCCACUUAAUAAUGAACAAAAACUUGUAAACAAGAUACAAAUGAAAAAGCAGUUAGGCCUUUUAGAAGGAAUAGCCAUUAUAUUAGGAAUUAUAUUUGGCUCAGGCAUUUUUAUCUCACCAAAAGGAGUAAUACAAGAGGUGGGCAGUGUAGGAGUGUCUUUAAUCAUAUGGAUAUUAUGUGGUAUGCUCUCUAUGAUUGGUGCGUUGUGUUAUGCAGAAUUAGGUACUAGUAUACCUCGUAGUGGAGGAGAUUAUGCCUAUAUUCAUGAAGCAUUUGGUGCACUACCUUCGUUUUUGUACUUAUGGGCUGCUAAUUUAAUUUUUGUACCUACAACAAAUGCUAUUAUGGGACUGACUUUUGCUCAGUAUGUCUUACAACCAUUUUUUCCUAAUUGUGCCACUCCGGAUUAUGGUGUACGAUUAAUUGCUGCACUGAGUAUAUGUGACUCUUCAAAGCAACUUUUGUCUGAAACAUUUUUGUCUGCCGCGCUCAAUUUUUGAGAUAUUUGGCUGAUACGAGUGGUCUGCGAUACCUUGUAUAUACACGAAAUUACUUGGGAUGAUCUCCCCUAUAACAUAUUUAUAAAUAAAGGAAAUAAGAGAGAG